GUGCUGGGGAGCUGAUAGCAAGGACGCCGCUGUACGCUCCUCUCACACACACGGUCAGUCGGGAACUCCGCAGCGUGGAGGCGAGACGAGCCCAGGUGUGUGUGUGUUGAGGUGUCCGGCUGAAGGUGUCGUGAUCGCUGCUGCAGGAUGGGUCAGGUGUUCGUGCGGCGGUCUACGGCGGCGUUGCUGUUUCUGGUGGCGGCGCUGUCCAUCGUGUGCGUGGCGCUGCUGGUGCUCUUGUUGGCUCCUGACUGGCGGGACACUGGCGGCCAGAUGACCUCCUCCAUGUCAGGUGGGUCUCAGGUGGUGCAGGCCGGCGGGACACCUGGACGGGUUGUCGCUUCACCACCACCUCGGCAGGCAUUGAAACCACAACCUGUCCCGAAAAUGACCCAACGACCUACUACUACGACCUCCACUACGACUGCCACGACCACAGAAGCCCUAAAGGAGCCGUGGGAGAGGGAGUACCGCAUCCCUAGGUCGACUUUACCUCACCACUACGACCUCUACCUCCACCCAGACCUCGAUACAGGUCGAUUCUCAGGUCGAGUCGGAAUCUUGAUCGGGGUGACGCAGCCGAUGGACUACCUCGUGGCUCACAUCAAGUCGAUGAACAUGACCAAGACGGAACUACAAGACACGUCGAGUGGGAAGGUCUUGCCAUUGAAGGAUUACUUCGAGUACGGGCCCAACCAGUUCUGGGUGGUGCAGCCGAGGUCCACCUUAGCCCCCGGGAACUACACCCUCAAGCUGGAGUUCGAGGGCUCCCUGGACGGCUCUAUCGUGGGCUUCUACAGGAGUGUGUACACCACCAAGGCAGGAGAGAAGCGAUCCAUCGCCACCAGCAAGUUCCAGCCGACAGACGCCAGGAGCGCCUUCCCGUGCUUCGACGAGCCCUCCUUCAAGAGCACCUUCACCACCACGCUGGUCAGACCCUCCGACGGCUACAUCGCUCUCUCCAACAUGCCCGUCCAGAAUGAGGUUGCUGAGUCACCUGAAGCAGGGCUGACGAGUGUGGUGUUCGAGAAGUCUGUACCGAUGGUCACCUACCUCGCCUGCUUUAUCGUCUGUGACUUCGAGUUUGUUGAGACGAUGACCAAUGAUAAUAAACCCUUCAGAGUGUAUGCCACCCCUGACCAGAUGAGCAGGACCAACUACUCGCUACACCUGGGGGUCCACGUCCUUAAUUACUUCCAGGAUUACUUCGAGGUCGAGUAUCCGCUGCCCAAACAAGACAUGAUCGCCAUCCCAGACUUCAUCUCCGGGGCCAUGGAGCACUGGGGCCUCAUCACCUACAGGGAGGUCAACUUGCUCUAUGAUGACCUCGGCUCCUCGUCGUACAACAAGCAGCGCGUCGCAGCAGUGGUGGCUCAUGAGUUGGCCCAUAUGUGGUUUGGUAACUUAGUGACCUUGGACUGGUGGGAUGACCUGUGGCUUAACGAGGGCUUCGCUAGCUACAUAGAGUACAAGGGCGUGGCCAACUACGAGAAGGACUGGGACAUGGAGGGACAGUUCUUGGUGGACGACUUACAGCUGGUGAUGGGUCUAGAUGCACAGCUCACCUCUCACCCCAUCGUUCAGCCCGUCAACCACCCAGAUGAGAUCACAGAGAUCUUCGAUACCAUCUCCUACAGUAAGGGCGCCUCUGUGCUGCGGAUGUUAGAAAGCUUCAUGGGCUCCGAACAGUUCCGCGUCGGGGUGAGGAACUUCCUGAGAAAGUACAAGUACGCCAACGCAGUGACACAGGACUUGUGGUCGGAGCUGGAGACCGUGUCUGAGGACGGCCUUAAGAUCAGUACCAUAAUGGACUCCUGGACACGUCAGAUGGGCUAUCCUGUCCUGACUGUCACCACCUCUUCCGCUGAUCCUAAUAAACUGGAGGUGAAACAGACAAGGUUCCUGAGUGACCCGGAGGCAGAGAGCCCAGAUGACUCCCCCUACGGGUACGUGUGGGACAUCCCCGUCACCUACAUCACCGACGUCACCCAGAGGGACCAGCGCUGGUUCUACAGGGACAUGGACAAGUUGACCCUGACGAAGCCAGCAGGUGCGUCUUGGGUGAAGAUCAAUGUUGGUCAGUACGGCUACUACCGGGUCAAUUACGAGGCCUCCAUAUGGCAGGACCUUGUAAACCUCCUCCAGACUAACCCACAGGCCUUAAGUGUGACGGACCGUGCUAGCUUGUUGGAUGAUGGAUUCAACCUGGCUGGUGCUGGCCUCUUGCCCUACGACACUGCCUUGUCCCUGGUCGCCUACAUGAAACAGGAGACUCACUACAUCCCCUGGACCACCGUCGCCUCGCACCUCGCUAAGAUGGGCCGCUUGUUGAGGCAGACCAACGCCUAUCCUUACUUCAGGAAAUACAUGGUUGGUUUGGUAAAUGAUCACGUGGAGCGUCUUGGGUGGAACGACACUGGCAGUCACUUGGAGAGACGGAACCGGUUGGUGUUGAUGUUCCUGGCGUGUAGCAACGGAUACGAUCCUUGCUUGCAGGGGGCUCACCAACGCCUCCUCAGCUGGGUGAAGGAUCCUGAGUACUACAUCCCCCCCAACACUCGCUCCCUCGUCUACCAGUUUGGCAUGCAGAAGGCUGGGGCGGAGGAGUGGGAGGUACUGCUGCAGAGGUACAUGAAGGAGGCCAACGCUCAGGAGAAGACUAAGCUGGCUGUAGGUCUCGCUAACACCAAGGAAGACUGGAUUACCCAAAGGUUGUUGAUGUUGGCGAGGAAUGAGAGUGUUGUGAGGAGCCAAGACUAUUUCUCUCUGCUGAACAACAUGGCCAAGCAACCCUGGAACACUCAUAUCGUCUGGAAUUUUGUCAAAUCAAACUGGGAGGAACUGGUGGAGAGAUUCACCUUAAAUAACCGGUACUUGGGGCGUAUGGUGAAGUAUGUGUGUACCCGAUUUACCUCUCCCGACCAGCUGAUGGAGAUGAAGGAGUUCUUUGAGAAGUAUCCCAACGCUGGGUCAGGUGCCAGGUCACGCCAGCAGGCCCUUGAAGAGGUAGAAGGUAACAUAAAGUGGAUCAACCAGCACGGUGACUCCCUCUAUGAUUGGUUCCUGAAGCAGAAUAAUAUCUUGUAAGAAAACGAGAAAUGGAAGACGGCAAACUAUUAUAAAAGAUGGCCAUAAUGUAUCCUCAUGACCAGGCACACAGCUGGGCACUCUGAGGAUUAUUAAAACUAAAAUAAUUUACCUGCAAACUGUAAAUGAAAUGUUUAAUUGAAGAGUAAGUGUAUAAUAGGACCCUCAGGAUAAACAAAAUCAUCCGGGUUAACUGAAGAACUGUCUAAACUUGGGGAUCAUCAACACAAGUGAAAAACCAGAAAAUUCUCACGACUGGAACCAAAAUUUAUCAAAAACUUUGUAAUAGUGGAAGAUCAGGUAGGAGGUGGAGGAUAUACAGUAGCCAUAAAGCACUGAGAGUCGGGAUGGGCUGGAGACUUGUCACGAGGCACCACCACUACCGCUGCUGCCGCCGCCUCAAGGACUGGAAAUCAUUACAAAAGCUUGACAACAUUAAUCAGCCUGAAGACUUUACCAUACUGCCACUAUUUACAAGACUUGGAAGAUGAGAGUCGAGGGACAUUGAUGAGAUAUGACUGUUUUAGUUCGUGUCCAAUAUGUUGUACAGUCACAGUCAAAAGUAUUCCUGUCACCUCCUUGCUACUCCAAGAAUCUAAAGCAUUUAUGGACAUUAUAAUGCAUUAGUGUCUACUUCUUCUGGUUCACGAGUCUGAAUCUUUGGGUUCUUGGAGCCGCAGGAGAGGCGACAGAACUUUUGUGUGUGACUACAUACUGGAGUAUGACCUGAGGAAUAACAAAUUUCAACAACAACAGGUUUUAUCUUUUUCAUUAUACCAGUUGCUUCAAGGUUAAAGUUUUGUAAGUCUUUUAUCAUUUUGUUUUAUACUGUACAAGUUAUAGCUUCAUUAACUGAUAAUAAAUACUGUACACGUUGAAUUAUUGUACAGUAUAUGACAUGUAUGUAGUGUACUGUGUUAUAGUUCAGUAAUGUACCAGCUUCCUGUUAUAAUUUUAACCGAUAUACGACAACAAAUUAUAUGAAGAUGUCAUAAUUAUUGUAAUAUAAAAUUUUCUUAAAUGUGAAAAUCCAACACUUGAUCUGAGACAACUUGCUAGUCUUGUAAAUUGUUUAUGUACAUAUUCUUUCAAGAUUAUUAGAAGUUAUUUGCUUACGAAAAGUUUAGCUCUGUUGAUCUAUUCUUUAGACCAUUACAGAAUUAUUUUAUUAUUAUGCUUUGCCUUAAUAGAUUAUAUAUUAUGUAGUAAGGCAGUACUGGCUCUGUUUAUGCUCGACCUGUUAAUAUAACUUACUUUUAAAAGACAUCAAUCUGUACAUUUUUAUCAUUUUAAUAUAGAAAUGAUUCUUUUUAA